AAUUUACCAGACAGUAUUUUUUUUUUUUUCUAAUGUGAUUUAAAAUAUCGAUUCCCAUUUAUUUUUUAAAUUCAGAACAAUUUUUUUUAAUUCAAUAACUUCAAAGGAGCGUCCAAUUCUUCAUAUUUGCUUUUUUAGACACUAUGGGGGGUUGGUUGAGUCAAUUAUGGUGGGGAGGUGACCCGGACAAAGUUAACCCAAUCUCCGGUCUAACGAGAAGAGAGGUACAUGCCGUGCAGAUGUCCUGGGCUCCCGUUAAUAAGAACUCCGUGGCCACCGGCACUGAGCUACUCAAAAGAUUUUUCCGCGCCUACCCAAAUGCAAAGGAAUUCUUCAAAAUGAUAGCAAAACUAUCAGAGGAAGAGUAUUCGGAUAAUUUUCAAUUCAAAGCACACGUCAUCAAUCUAAUGGCGUCAUUAAACCAAGCUGUGACGAACCUCAACCAGCCAGAAGUUGUCGCAGUUAUGAUGAAUAAACUCGGAGAAUCACAUAGACGGAGGAAAAUUCAAGAACAACAUUUUCACGAUUUAAAAGAGGUAAUUGUGAAGAUGUUCAUAGAAGUUCUGAAGCUUGAUGACUCUACACUCGGCGCGUGGGGCAAGACAGUUGGCUUUUGGUAUAAACACAUAUUUGAAACUUUGAACGCAGACGAAAGUAGAUAGCAACUUAUUGUAUGACUAAGAAAUGAAUAAACAUUUACUCUAAUUAGAUAAUAAGAAAUGAGACAUUGUAUGUAAUGUAAAUAAAUUGUUAUCUAAUUUCAUAAUCAUUUGUAUAGAAUUAUAAAGAGCUAACUGUAGAAUGUAGGGCAUUUAUGAACUGUUCUUAUUCUCGAUACUUAUUUACUUUAAUAAUGCAAUUUAUUGAUAUUACAAAACCAAAAAGUAGAUAUUAAACGUAAUUUUAGGAAUAUUUUUCAAUACUUCAAGAGUACUGAAAUUUUUUUUUAUAAAAAUAUUGACUCAUACUAUAUGUAUGUAAAUUAG